CUGUUUCGACGCUGAAGGCUCUUACUGAUGGCCAUGGGAACGUGGGACAGAGUCAAAGGCAUCUGCCUGAUCAUCAGCUGCCACCUGGCCUUCUGCUGCAUGGCCAUCAGCUCCCUGGGCGACCCGGAGGCCAGAUGCCAGGCCAUAGACAUCCCCAUGUGCAGGGACAUCGGCUACAACAUGACCCGGAUGCCCAACUACGUGGGGCACGAGAACCAGCGCGAGGCGGCCAUCAAACUGCACGAGUUCGCCCCGCUGGUGGAGUACGGCUGCCACAGUCACCUCAUUUUCCUGUGCUCGCUCUACGCCCCCAUGUGCACCGAGCAGGUGUCGGCCGCCAUCCCCGCUUGCCGCGUGAUGUGCGAGCAGGCCCGCUCCAAGUGCUCGCCCAUCAUGGAGAAGUUCAGCUUCCGCUGGCCGGACUCGCUGGACUGCGACAAGCUGCCCAACAAGAACGACCCCAACUUUCUGUGCAUGGAGGCGCCCAGUAACGAGUCGGACGACUCCUCCUCCUCCGCCUCUUCCUCCUCUCUUCCGCGAGCUCCCAGCGCCCUCCCUCCACCCGCGGUCAGGUCCUUCCGGGCCGGUUUGGGGCAGGACUCGCCCCCGGUGGCCAAGCAGAGCCCCCUCCGGCCGGCGUGUGAGAACGCGGACAAGUUCCACCGCGUGGAGAAGAGCGCGUCGUGUGCCCCGCUCUGCUCCCCGGCCGUGGACGUGUACUGGGCCAAGAGAGACAAGCAGUUCGCCUUGGUGUGGAUCUCCGUCUGGGCUGUGCUCUGCUUCCUCUCCAGCGCCUUCACCGUCCUCACCUUCCUCAUCGACCCCCAGCGCUUCAAGUACCCUGAGAGACCCAUCAUCUUCCUCUCCAUGUGCUACUGCGUCUAUUCCAUGGGCUACAUCAUCCGCCUCUUUGCCGGGGGGGAGAGCAUUGCAUGUGACAGGGACAGCGGGCUCCUCUACGUGAUCCAGGAGGGUUUGGAGAGCACGGGUUGUACCAUAGUCUUCCUGGUGCUCUACUACUUCGGUAUGGCCAGCUCGCUGUGGUGGCUCAUCCUCACCCUCACCUGGUUCUUGGCGGCCGGUAAGAAAUGGGGCCACGAGGCCAUCGAAGCCAACAGCAGCUACUUCCACUUGGUGGCUUGGGCCAUCCCCGCCAUCAAGACCAUAGUCAUCCUGGUCAUGAGGCGGGUGGCGGGCGAUGAGCUGACUGGCAUCUGCUACGUGGGAAGUAUGGACGUCAAGGCCUUGACCGGCUUUGUGCUCAUCCCGUUGGCCUGCUACCUCAUCGUGGGCACCUCCUUCAUCCUGUCCGGCUUCGUGGCUCUCUUCCACAUCAGGCGGGUCAUGAAGACGGGCGGCGAGAACACGGACAAGCUGGAGAAGCUCAUGGUGAGGAUCGGCAUCUUCUCGGUGCUCUACACGGUGCCCGCCACCUGCGUGAUCGCCUGCUACUUCUACGAACGCCUCAACAUGGACUAUUGGAAGCUCCUGGCCAGCCGAGAGAAGUGCAGCGUGAGCAAGCACUCGCAGCGACUCGACUGCACCAUGGUCAGGUCCAUCCCGGCCGUGGAGAUCUUCAUGGUCAAGAUCUUCAUGUCGCUGGUGGUGGGUAUUACCAGCGGGAUGUGGAUCUGGAGCUCAAAGACCCUGCAGUCGUGGCAAGGCGUCUGCAGCAGCAAGUUGGGGAGAAGGGUCCGGAGGAAACCAGCGAGCGUGAUCACCAGCAGCGGUACUUCUUACCCCAAGCCUCAGCCGCCUCUGAAAAUCCACACCAAGUACGAGGCAGCCCUGGCGCCCACUUGCGUGUGAAACGUUUUCUGUACUCUUGGCCGCUAAGAGAUGGUAGCGGGCGCUUCAUCCAGUUCAGUGGUUGGCAAAGCCCAGUUGGCGACAAGU